AUGUCGAUUAGAUGCUUUGAGGUGGCAGUAUACCGCAGCCUAUCAGAUCGAAGACUGCUCCAAAACCCUGCCGGCACUCGAGUGACUUUGGCUAGUGCUUGGGUUGAGGAUGCACGGGUGAUUGCCGCGCCCUUGCCCGUCGACUCCCUGACCGAGGUGUCGAGUGUCGAGCUGGGCCACGAGUCCACUGGAUUUGUCUGCCACAAAUAUUCUCCAACACCCUGUCCCCAAGGAAGCAUGGGUCGGAUCCGCGAAAUGUCCAUUUCUUUGAUGGCUCGCGGGGUAUUGGCUGUGGUAAAUGGCACAAUUACCCAUGAAGAUACCAAAGACAUUAAAGAAGACACCAAGGCAGCCUCUUCUUCAUCUUCUAUUAUGAGCAAUCUUCCAGACGGCUAUGUCGUCCACCACUUUUCCCGCUAUGCUGCGAACAACCGUCCAAAGCCUUCCAAGGUUGUCGCCUCCUUUGAGGCCGGCGGGAUUCAGGACAAGCCUACCGACCCACAAGGAAUGGAUCACACAAGCUUCUCUGCUUUAACUGGGACCAUGUCAUUUGGGCCGUUACAGGGGUGGCAGAAUUUCCUCCUUGAUGUCCACGAUUUCUACGUGAAUCAACCAUCGUCAAGGAAGAACGCGGAUUGCCGGCUUGCGUCUAGCGAUGUUCACGAGGAGAGAGUCUUCGUCGGUGACGGAAAAGGCCUCCAGGGCCGCUUCCAACAAUCGGUGGGGCAGGUUGUUGGAGCAGUCCUGGAGGCCCAGCAGCGACCUAUAGCAUUUGCUGAUUUCAAAGCUGUAGGGUUGCCGUACGCUGGGGUACCUGACUUCGAUCUUAUGUGUACCAAUACAAGCAGCCCACAGGCUCAAAGCUGGGAGAGAGCAGAAAGUCCCCUGGAAGAGUGA